AUGUUACAUCAUCAGCACAUUUUUUUUAUAUAUAAAUCCAUUCUUCUCUUUCUAAUAUAUAUUAUCUAAUAAUUUGAUAUACUGAAUACGACUAAAAGAAUAAUAUUUGUAUGUAUUAGUUGUAGUUAAAUUAAGUUAAAAAGCACUCAAUCUCACCUUUAUAUAAGAUCAAGUACUUCAACACUCUUACCCCUCCACAUUUCUGAGACAGUUCACAAGAAAAACCAGGAUUGCUGAAUCUUACCUGGAUAUGCCAAGUCAAACCUGGACAAGUAAAGAAAUUACUCCCUCUGUUAAUUUAAGUUAGAUGUGCAAAUCCUCCAAUCAGAGAUUCCACCUUAGAAGCAACUCUAAGGACCGCAGCUUAUAUAAUCUAUCUGGAAGUAGCUUGCAAAGAAAUUGGUUGUAACAGAGAUAUUCACACACGGUAAAUUAACUUUCUACAUAAACCAUACCUACUCAAAUUUCCUCAAAAAGAAGAAAAUAUUUCUUGUGUGUGUUUUCAACUAUGUCCAAAAGUAUUCAGAUUAAUGGCAUGUGGAGUAAACUCUCCCACACCCUAGAAAACCACAAAACCACCUGCAAAGAAUUGGCCAUCAUUAAUUAUAGGCUAGUGAAGCAAAUCCAGUACUAUGAGACAAAAGCAACUCACUUAGCCAUGUUUUAUGUCAUUUUCCUGCUCAUUAUUUUCCUGUCAAAUUCAAAAUCCUCACCCGUCCAAUGUAAAAACUGGUGGAAGCCUUUCUCCCUUUCCAUUUUGAUUGCACUUACAUUUGGUGCCAACUUCAUAUCAACCGUACUUAAAAGCAUCCACAUAAAGAAUGCUCUAGAUAUGAACUGGAUCGACCAAGGGCUGAGCAUUCAAAAGAUGGCUAACCUAGAGCGAGCAGCAAAAAUCGAAGCAGAAUUCAUGGACCAUCAAAGGAGCUGCAACCCCGUUGUCAAAGUUGAACCACACUCCGCGAGUUCAGAUGCAGACACUUCAGACCAGAAAGAGAACUAUGUUCAAUUGCACCAUGUUAAAAGUCAUGUUGCUUACUCAUAUACUGAUACAGAUGCAGAAAGUUCAGUCAGUACAAUUGAGGAUUUGCCUAGAACAUACUCAUCCCUGCAGCAACAAAACGUGGAUAGCAUUACUGUCUUUCAACAGUAUGCAAAAGCUGGAACAACUGUUUCCUUCUUGCUAGCCUACACAGUUCUGGUAUUGUAUGGAUGCCACUCUUCUGUUUGUGAUGGUAACGCAUAGUUGGACACACAAGUGAACUGGUAAAGCUCCCGUUAAUUCCUGAAUUAUUAACAAAUACUCG